AUGGAUCUGGAAGGGAUAGAGGAAGGGGAGGGAUUAGGCCUCCGGCGACUGGCGGAGAUUUCCUUCAAAACUGGCAGCCCAUCUUUUGCGACGGUUUGCGGUGGUAUUGGUGCGGCUUUCGUGUCCCUGAUCGUGCAACUUGAAGUACUGGUCGAGAUGAUGAGCAUUGGAACUCUUCUGGCUUACACCCUGGUAUCAACCUGCGUUCUGGUCCUCCGCUACCAACCCCGCACGACGAACCUGAUUGAACUGCUGCCCUCAAGCCUCCGAACUCCUGUCGACCCUGAAGGAACUGCAAGCGGCACUCGCGAAACGACUUUCACUGCAUCAGCCCACAUCAUGCCAAGCCAGCGCGUCAUGGUGCGCCGAGUCACCAGAAGUUCACCUGACUCCGAUGACACCCUGCCCGGCGAUGAGAGUGAGGAAUACCGUGAUGAUGCUUUCCUGGUCAGCUCCAACCCCGAAAACAACUACUACGUUGGCGCCGGAUCUUCUGGAAACUCCAGCUUUUGCAGCCGAUUCUUCACAGCAUUAGGCCGCCAGUUGCACUCGAUGAGCUACCUGUGCCCCGGUCUCUUCCCCUGGGUUGAUUGCGGACCUGCUACCGAUCUGAGUGGAAUGUUCGUCAUCAAGGCCGUUGGAGUCAUGUACCUGUUGAUCAUUGCAUUCGAUAUGUUCGCUGCUUUCGGAAGCCCUGGUACCUCUACGUUCACAAACGUCUCGAUGUUGCUGCUCUUGUUCGGAAUCUUUGCUAUCCUGCUGAUGAUCUCACGUCGCCCACAAAACCGUGUUGCCCUGAUCUACACUACGCCCGGAUUGCCUUUCGUGCCAACGAUCGCCAUCAUUGUUAACAUUUACCUGAUUCUGAACCUCUCCUACUUGACCCUUGUUCGAUUCACCAUUUGGAUGGCUAUUGGUCUUGUUGUCUAUUUCAAAUACGGCAUCAUCAACUCGUCAAUGGAGAAGAAGGAAUCUGACGAAACCGUUGAGGUCCCACCAACACCUAACCCUCUAGACCGCACUACGAUCCCUCCCCCAUCUCCCCACCAAUCACGACCCACUGGCGACCGCAACAUCUUUGAAGGAGACGGCAACGAAGGACUGUAUGGCAACCUGGAGUAUAAUUCUUUACUCACUUGGCAUGAGUCGAACUUGCAACCUGUUGCCUCAUCCAGUGGCUUUUCAACUCCAUCAUCAGGGAAUCGAAUGCAAACAACAUAUAAUCCAACCACCACCUAUCGUCAAGUGGAGACACGUUAUGACGUGGACACCAACACGACCACCACUGCGCUUGGCCGACCACCAUGGGCCUACCCUGAUGUAGCCGUCUAUGGAAAUUGGGAGGACUAA